AUAUCCUCGCAAAUCUAUCUUGGUUUGGCCGCUCCUUGUCCGGUCCUCAUGCACGUCUUUCACUAGAAUCACUACCGACGCAGUUCUCACUUCGCACUCAAGGUGGGUGGGAGUACCUGCGCCGCAUCCCUUCUCAUCUCCACAGUUUCUCCAGCGUAGUGAUGAGUGUGCGAGCAGCGAUGGGACGCCCAAUGGAUGUGGUGGUGGUGGUGGUAGUGGCGGUGAGCAUGGCGGGGCUGAUGACCUCCGCCUCGCCCCACGCGGACCUGCUCGCCCUCACCCAAGAUUACUGGGACUGGAAGAUACGAGAAUUCCCUCAGUUUGCUACCAAGCUGGGCAUCAAGGAUGACAGCGCAGCUCAUCUGGACACCCUGGACGUGCAACACCUGCAGGGACGGAAGGCCAAGUGCGAGGAGUUCCUGCAGCGGGCCCACGACAUCGACGCCGCCUCGCUGUCGCCGGAGGACUUGAUCACGCUGAACCUGUUCAAGGAGGAGAUAAUCAUCUACGUACUUAACUUCCCUUAUAAGAAGUACUUCAUGCCCGUCACCUUCUGGGACGGGCCGCACCUGUACCUCAAGAAAAUAGUGGAGGAUUACGUCGUGCUCCACUCCUACAGUGACUACCAGAAGCUCCUCUCAAGAUACGGCGAGUUUCCCAGACAGGCCCAGGAGAUCCUCACACUGCUGAGGGGGAACAUUGACGACGGCAUCAUGCCUUCCAACUGGUCCAUGGUGGGCGUGGUGGACCAGCUGGACGAUCUGAUCGGCCCCGUGGAGGACUCUAUCUUCUACAAGCCAUUCGUCAACAUGUCCGACACCAUCACCGCCGAACAGAGAACCACACUGAUGCAGCAGGCGCGGGAGAGGAUCAAACAGGAUCUGAUUCUCCCCUUUAAGGAAAUUCAGGAUUUCUUAGUGAACCAGUACCUGCCGGCCAUCCGAACAGAAGUGGGGGCGUCUUCGCUUCCUAACGGGGAGGAAUAUUACCAGGCAUGCCUCAGAUUCUUCACCAGCACCAACCUCACGCCGCAGGAGAUCCACGACCUGGGCCAUACGGAGGUGGCGAGGAUCGAGGCGGAAGUGCAGAAGACGGCUGUGGAAAUGGGAAUGGAAGGCAAGACUUUCUCAGAGAUCAGCCAGGCCCUCAAGAAUGACCCGGCACAGAAAUUCAGCAGCAGGAACGAUCUCCUGGAGACCUUCAGAAACACCAUCUACAACGACAUCUAUCCCCGGGUGCAGCAAAUGUUCCCCAACCUGCAACUCACCAACCUCACAAUUGUCGAGGAUAACACCACAAACAGCGGUGCGCGGUACAGCAGCCCCUCCAUGGACGGCAAGCGUCUCGGCUCCUUCAUCCUCAGUCACCACAAGUCGAGAAUGAGGUACGAGGUGAUGGCGCUUUCCCUACACGAGUCAGUCCCAGGCCACCACUUAUACAACUUGUUCCUGCGCAAGGACCCCUCCACGCCCAACUUCCGCAUGUACAUCGACUCCACCUUCUUCACCAAAACACCGGCCAAGUUCCCGCUGCACACUGUCGUCAAUGAGGGAUGGGCUCUCUAUUCUGAGUUUCUUGGAGAGGAGCUCGGCCUCUACACGGACCCCUACCAAAAGAUGGGUCGCCAUUCGUUAGAGCUGCUGCGCGCCAGUCGUUUGGUGGUGGACACAGGCAUGCACGCGCUGGGUUGGUCCAGGGACAUGGCUGUGGCUUUCCUGACGAACCACACGGCGCUGUCCGAUAAAAGCAUACAGGGCCAGAUCAACAGGUACAUCACGUGGCCGGGGCAGGCGUGCGCUUACAAGGUGGGUGAGAUCAAGAUCAAGGAGCUGCGGCAGAAGGCGCAGAACGCCCUGGGCAGUCUGUUUCGGCUGCUGGACUUCCACAACGUGCUGCUGGGCUGCAUCGGGCCGCUCAAGAUCGUGGAGGAAUGUGUCGCGAGCUACAUUGAGCAGACAAACCUGGAGAUAGAAAAGGGAGAGGGGAAAUGGAAGGAGGUGGAAAGUGAAGGUGGAGACAAAGAUGAACACGAGUCCUCAGACCCAAGAGAGCAAGAUGUGGACAGUGAGAGUGUGGCCAGCGAGGAUGCGGCUGGCGGGCGCGCCAGCAUUUUGGAUAGCAGCGUGCUGCUGGUGGUGGCGUGCUGGCUGGCUCCUCUGCGCGCCGCGCGCUACAGAUAGUGCGGCUCAACGUGCGGCGCCGCGCAGCCCCACGCUGCGCCUCGUGAUGUGUAUGUAGAGCUGUACAUUGUCGCCUGCCUGUUUGUACAUUAGUACGCUGUGUAGCUUUCUUGUCAUGUCAUAGUCUAAUCUUAUAUAAUAAAACACAAUGUCUGUCUGUCUGUGGGUGGAUGUGUCCACUUUUCACGGAAAAACAUUGAACUGAUUGUGAUGAAAUUUGGUAGGGUAGGCCCCCUUGAUCCGAGGAGUGACAGAAGCUGUCUUAACGACAUCCAACCCCAAAACCGUAAGAUUAUUCAGGCAAAUUUGUCACCGUAACCCAAUUUUUGAUGGUGGCGCCAGAUACACCCUUUUUUUUUUUUUUGAUGGUGGCGCCAGGUACAUCCAUUUUUUAUGGUGGCGCCAAGCGUUCAUUGUUACAUUGUUACAAGUAGCUUGAAUUUUUUAUGGUGGGGAGAGGUGUAAAUGGAACAUUCAUUGUCAGCUUGGAAGUGAAUCCCAUCAACCUACCGAUUCCUUCAGUAUGUGGUCGAAUUUCCUGUGAUACAGAGGUCUCCAACGAAUUUAUCUUUCAGUUAGGUUUCAUCAGUUCACCGAUAUCAUGAAUCGUGAACAGAAGUUAACAUAACAUACAUUUAUGAAUUGACUGUGAUGAAAUUUGAUAGGGGAGUGACAUAAGCUGUCUUAACUACUUCCAAUCCAAAACCGUUAGAUUAUUCAGGCAAAUCUGGAAGAAGAUGGACGAUACCCAAAUCACGAACAACAUCAUUGUGGGGUUCCCGUGACCCAGUGGAUAGAGUGACGGUCUUGGAAACAUUGAAUGUUGGACGCCGUCGUUCAAAUCCCACCACGAACUUAAAAAAUAAUAAUAGUAAUAAAUAGGUAAAAAAAAUACCGUAACCUAAUUCUUGAUGGUGGCGCCAGGUAUGCCGUAACCCAGUGUUGAUGGUGUCGCCAAGCAUUCAUAGUUAGCUUAGAUUUUUGUUUCAUCAAGUCCAGUCAGAGGGGGAGAAUAUUCACUUUUGUAAUUCUCACUAAUACUGAGAUAAUAAGUUCCAAAAGAAAUCAGUAAACUGUAUGACCUAAAGAGUUCAUUCAGGGGAAACAUUCUUAAUGGCUACCGACAGAGGACAAGUACAACAGUAAACGGACGCAUAUUUUAGGUUCAAUAUAAAGCAAACUUUGUUCGGUUAAUAGCUUUGCCGAAGAAACGACUGCCAUGGAUGAUAAACCGUGCUUUGGAGAGCCAAAUCUUAUCUGGGCAACGCCGGGUAAUUCUGCUAGUAUUGUAUGUGAUAUGUUACUGAAGACUUAGCUUGGAAAGGUCAUAUUGUAUACGCGACAGGAAAUCUACGUAAUCAGGGAAACAGGUCACUAAUUCCUGUGUGAUUUCGUGCAAUAAUGCUUCAAUAAUCAUAUUUCCGAUAUCUUUUUAUUUAUUUAUUUUUUUUAUUUAUUUACUUAUUUUUAUUUUAUCUUUUUUACUGGUAAAGGUUAGUUUAAGUUUGGUUUGGUCGGGUUAUUGUAGAUUUAGUUUAGCCAAUCAACCAUGCUAUAAAAGAUUUAUAAAAGAUUUUUACUGCAUUAACUUGUAAGCCUAAUGAAAGCUCGCUUGUAUAUUCCUGUUAUCUAUUUCCAAGGGUACUGCAUGGUUAAUUUGACUAAAUUAAUCUGCAGUAACCCAAGCAGACCAAGCAUAGCUAGCCAAACCUUUAGCAUUUCAAAGAAAUAAUAAAGAUUUUUUUUUUUUUUUAAUUACAAGGAAUUUCAUGAAAUCCCUGAUUAAACAAAUUAUCUGUAAUAUAAUAUAAUAUAUAUAUAUAUAUAUAUAUAUAUAUAUAUAUAUAUAUAUAUAUAUAUAUAUAUAUAUAUAUAUAUAUAUAUAUAUAUAUAUAUAUAUAUAAAGGAAUAAUUAUGUGGAAUUUAAGGAGUGCUUGCCGGAGCUCCGUAAACCAUGCGAGGCGGGGCGGUGAGGGUGAAGCAUCGGAAGGAGACGACUUUGUUCACUCGUCAAGUUGUUCAAACGAGAAAUUCACUCAUAUCAUCUGUUUGUGAACCUCCGCUUGCUUGUAUUUUGUAUUGGUAUAAUAAACCCAGUUAUUUUGA